AUGGAGCUUCGCGUGCCGAGGACUACGGCGUAUAUCCAAGACCACACCGUUCUCGGCCCCGACGACACCCUCGAGCCCGUUGGCGAUGGCAGCGAGUUUUGCUGGAGUCUGAAGCGCAGCAGCAGUGAUUACAAUGACGGCCAAGGCGGCACGGGGUGCUCUGGGACGUUCCGAGAGGACGACGUGGUCUUGAUCUGCCGCGAGUCCGAGCAGGAGCCGCCACCCGAGCCCGAGUCCGAGCUCGAUAAGGGCGAGCUGCCACCACUACCAUCCUCUGCCUUGCCAACCAAUAAACCGCCGGCCGCCGCCGGGUACGCCAUCUACCUGGUGCGGGAAAACCCCGACGGCGACGGCGGCGGCGACGAGCCGUACCACCUCUCGUGCGUGUCGGCGCCAGGCCUCCCGCAGCCACUGCUCGACCGCCACCUCCUAACCGCCGUCCCGGCCCAUCUCGUCGGCCGCGGCAGCAAGUCCGCCGCCGCCGCCGCCGCCACCGCCGCGCCGGACCUCCACGUCAUCGUGUCGACAAAGUCGGGCACGGGGCUCGCGCAGGCCGUCUAUGACACGGUGCUGGGGAAGCUGCUCGGCGCCGUGCUAGGCCUGCGCGCGGGCGAUGGCCUGACCCCGCCCGACUCGCCCGGCGGCGGCGGCGGCGGCGGCAGUGCGCGAUCGGAAUCAGCGGCGGCGGCAGCAGCAGGAGCAGCAGCAAUAAGAGUGGAGGAGGUGGAGGAGAGUGUGAGGCCGUCGUACAACCUGUUCGUCACGCAGUCGCCGCACAGCAUACGGCAGCUGGCCCGGGCGAGGUGGAGCGCCGAGGCGCUGCGACGGCGGCGGCACGAGGAGGUCCGAGGGGUAGCAACAACAGCAGCAGAUAAGGGGCAGCGGCGGCAGCAGCUCAUCGUGCUGCUCAGCGGCGACGGCGGCGUGGUCGACCUCCUCAACGGCGCGGGCGAGCCGGACGACGACGGCGACGACGAGACCGCUACCGCAGCGUCCUCCUCCUCGCUGCCGGCCAUCGCGCUCCUGCCCCUCGGCACGGGCAACGCGCUCUUCCACUCGCUGCACCGCCCCCUGUACGGCAACAGCAGCAGCGGCGGCGGCGGCGGCCCGUCGCACCUCGUGCGCGGCCUGCGCACGCUGUUCCGCGGCGCGCCCGCACCGCUGCCGACGUUCCGCGCGUCCUUUUCGCCUGGCUCCACGCUCGUGCCGCCCGCGUCGCCCGCUGCUGUUGCUGCUAGAGAAGGCGAGGAGCAAGAGCGGGAGCAGGGGGAGGAGGAGGAGGUUGGAGAGCCCGUCGACCAUCUCGUCGGCGCCAUCGUGGCCAGCUACGGCUUCCACGCGCAGCUGGUCUGGGAGAGCGACACGCCCGAGUACCGGCGGCACGGCGCGCGGCGGUUCGGCAUGGCGGCCGCGGAGCUGCUCAAGAUCGGGCACGCCUAUGAUGCCGAGGUGCGGCUGGGGCUGCCGGGGGCGGCGGCGGGCGGGAAGGAGGAGGAGAAGCAGGAGGUCGUGGUCCGCCCCCGCGGCGCUAACAACGGCGACAAGUUCACGUACGUGCUGGCGGCCAUGGCCUCGAGCCUCGAGCGCACCUUCACCAUCAGCCCGGCGUCGCGGCCGCUGGACGGGCGGCUGUGGCUGGUCAGCUUCGGGGCCGUGGGCGCCGGCAAGGCGAUGGAGAUUAUGCAGGCGGCUUAUAAUGACGGGGCCCACGUCGAUAUGGUGGAUGAUGAUGAUGAUGAUGGCGACGGCGACGGCGGCGGUGGGGGCAAGGUGGUCGGGUACGACGAGGCGGACGCGGUCACGGUCGUCACGCACGAGGAGCACGCGCGCUGGCGCAAGGUCUGCGUCGACGGCACCAUCGUCGAGCUGCCGCGUCACGGGGCCAUGACGGUCCGCAAGGUGGCGAGGCCGCGGUUCCGGGUGCUAGUCGAUGGCGGCGUGCUGGUCUAGGGGAUCGGGGACUUUGCUUUCGGGCCUUCCGAGUGGGACUUGUUGUUUUACUUGAGCCCGGUUCCUGCCUUUCGUUAUCACCAAAGUUCAUGUUUUCCUUUUUUUUUCAUGGCAGGUUUAUGCAUUUUUUGGUUUAUUCACAAUAACACUAGGUAAGCCAGCCCUUUCAGCAACCCUCAUUGUCCAACACCAACCGUUACCCGCACCGGAAGUUCUGCCCCGUCUGCCGGCACCACCAGUACUGCUGAAUAUCGCGGCACCGGUGCGUCGUGACCCACUGGCCGCUCGUGUUGCAGACUUGCUGUAGUCGGGGGAGGGCCAGGAGGCUGGCGUUAGGAACUUCCAGAACCACACGCAUGGCCCAUACAUCGGAACUCACAAUGUCGGCGCACAGCCACUCCUGGUCGCCGUUCGCAAGGUCCUGCCAGUUGCACCUGUCGCACCGGUACGUUCCGCUCGUGCACGCCAGCGCGGCGGCCGGGAGCAGGAGGCCGACGACGAGGGCGAAGAUCUUCAUGGUAUCAGGAAGUUGCGGCUUAGGCCGGCAGCGUGAGGGGGGGUUGCGAGGACUAGUAGGAGAGACACUGAAGCUCCCCUGGGCUUGGUGGCUGGAGAUCGGGUUCUUUUUUCCUUCUCGUUCGUCGUUCUGGCUGCCUUACUUUUAUAUGCACCAAUUUCUAGGAGAAAGCGAUGCGAUCCUGACAAUGGCACGCUACCCCGCGCAUCAGGUUUCCAAUAUUAACGGAUAAAUCCUUCCUCGGGUAGGCUAGCCCAUCGGUUGUCCGCUCCCACCGUUGGCGGGUGUUGAAAACGGACAAAUCCCCGGCCGCCGGGUCCGAGGUGUUGAAUUUAGUCCGAGCGCCCAUCACCACCACCUCGCCAACCGGCCUUCCGGCUCUCCUAGCCGCCCCCAGCGCCAGCCGCGCUUACCCAUCACCCAGAAGCUUCUUCACCCGCUUCUGCAUGACGUCCUCGAACUCCUGCACCCCGCCCUCCAGCAGGGUCAGCUUGCCCGCCCGCAGCCUGUACACACUCCUGCGGCGCGGGGCCCCUCCAGCCCCGCCCUCGUCACCGCUCUCGUCCUCGUCGUCCUCCUCCAGGUCCCCCCCCGUCCCCUCCAUCCUCGCCCGGCUCCAGGGCCGCGGCGCCCUGGACGACGCCGCGGACGAACCAGCGGUCGUGGCUGACGAGCACGAC